UUCCUAGGUCACGUAUUGCUGUUGCUUCUAUUGUGAACAAGGAGCCCGAAGCUUCGCUUCUGCUCCCCCAGCAGCAGCCUGCCCAAGCCCAGGGGGACUUUCUCCGGUGGCUGCAACUAGCCCCAGGCUCCGCUGAAACCAGCUCUAGAGCCAGAGACUCCAGGUGAUGGGACAGUGAGGGGGAACGUGGAGAAAAAAAUCCUAGACAAGAUGCCUCCAAAACGAUCUGGUGGGAAAGUUUCACAAGGACACAACCAGAGAAAACCUCCGAAGAGUCAGAGGAAGUCAGAAACCAAACAGAACAGCUCUUCUGGGCAUGGAGAGAGUAAACGCACCCUCCAGGAGAGGAGCAUGAGGAAGCGCAAAGGCACCAUUGUCAGCGACAGAACACAAUCGGACGAGCAACUGAAUAUCUGCAUCGAGUGUGGGAAAAUCUUCACCCAGAGCGCCGAGCUGAUGAGCCACCAGAAGGUCCACACAGAAGAGAAGCCCUACAAAUGCAUCGACUGUGGGAAGAGCUUCAGUGUCAACAUAAACCUCAUCAAGCACCAGAGAAUCCACACAGGGGAUAAACCUCUCAACUGCCCUGACUGCGGGGAGAGCUUCACUGACAAGGCCAGCCUGAUCCAGCAUCAGCGUAUCCAUGUGGGGGAGAAGCUUUGCAAAUGCAUCGACUGCGGGAAGACCUUCAGCCGGAGCUCCCAGCAGAAGAGACCACUGAAGAGCCCUCCUGGGAAGAAGCAGGGUAAAUGCGCCUCCCGGCAGGAAAUCCCUGCCAGCAAGAAGGUCAAAAAAACCAAAGCAUCCAAGAAGAAAACCCCAACCACUGAGAUGUCCAACACGUGCACGGAGUGCUGGCAGACCUUCAGCCAGAGCUCAGACCUGGUCAAGCACAUGCGCAUCCACACGGGCGAGAAGCCCUAUGAGUGCACUCACUGCGGGAAGUGCUUCAAUGUGAGCUCAAACCUAAUCAGACACCGGCGGAUUCACACGGGAGAGAAACCAUACACGUGCUCUGACUGCGGGAAGAGCUUCACCGACAAAUCCACCCUGACGCAGCAUCACCGCAUCCACACGGGCGAGAAACCCUACGAGUGCAUUUACUGCGGGAAGAGCUUCAGCCGCAGCUCCCACCACAAGAGACACCAGAGAACCCACAUGGGAGAGAACUCCGUGUCCUUCCCACCUGCAUGGCCGUACCCCACCCAGAUGUACUGAGUUCCUUCCAGCAGACCUGGGCAGUGCGAUUCAACAUGGCAGGAAACCAGGAUGGCAUUUUAGCAGGAUUCUGAAGCAGUUUAGUGGCACAUUUCCCUAUUCUCUCCAGUACAGCUAUGCUCCAGGAGAGUUACUCAGGGGAUUUUACUUAUCCCACCCGAGUUGGGAUGGGGGUUGUGUGUGAUUUUACUGGGAAUACUGACUGGGUUUUAUCGAAGAAUCUGAAUUUAGUAAUCCAAACUGCUUUUUUAUAUAUUUGUUUAUAUCAUCAUAGUGCCUAAAAGCCCCCUUGAGUACCAAGAUCCCUUUUGGCUGGGCACUGCACAAACACAGAAUAAAAAAGACUGUUCCUGCCACAAACAAUCCUAAGGGUUUGGGUGGCUGCCUCCCUUAUACACCUUUGGCCAUCCCAACCAGCGUUGAGUGAGAAGAGGACAAACACCUCGGGUAUUGGGAUUUAUCUCCCAUGAGGGACUGAGAUCUUCAAGGAAUUUUCCCUUUCAGGGAUUAGGGCUUUGUGUUUGAGAGAUACAGGAACAUAAGACGCAAUACAUGUCUGGAAGAGACUUCCUGGUUCAUCAAGUUCAGUCCUCUUUUGUUCAAGGCAAGCCUGUCAUAUAAUCCCUGUCAAGAGACUAUCAUGCUUCAUCUUAAAGCUAGUUAGGUUUCUUGCUUGCACUACUCCUGUUGGAAGACUGUUGUAGAAACUCGUGCUUAUUAUGGUUAGAAAUCUUUUUGAAAUUUCCUGCCUGAAUAUAUUCAUGCCCUGUUCACAUUUAAAUUUUGUUUUUCUAGGUUAAACAAGCCAAGCUUUCAUAAAGCAGGCUGUCUGUUCCCUUGAUCAGCCCAUUGAAAACUUCCUGCGUCUGUUCCAGUUUGGAUUCCUCCUUUUUGGACUUGUUUGACCAGAACUGAACACAGUAUUCCAGAUGGGGUUUCACCAGUGCCUUGUACAAUGGCAUUGAUACUUCCCCAUGGAGGAAUAAGGUGGAAUGUGAGCAUAUGUUCAUUUUAUUUUACACUGUUGCUGGUAUAAGCUGAGGCUGUGGUCUUUUUUCUCAGCUGGGCAGGUGCAUACAUAACACUUGGAUCCCAUCAAGUAUUACACUUAGAUCCACCAGCUACCUGGUGAAAUAGGUUUGCCCAAGUACCUAGUACAAACUACAGGGUGUGAGAUAGAGGAGGACGUGGAUCUGCAGACAAUGAAGGGCUUGAAGUUAAGCUUGUUCUCUAGCUGAGAGAUCCAGUUGCUGUUUGUCAGAUUAGAUACCCUUCGUUGCAUCCUACCUACCCAUCACUAUUCCCCCUUCCCCUUAUGCCAUGCUAAGCCCAUUUGCUAAUGUCUCUGCCCAUCUGAAUGCAGAAAUGCAACCUAGGAGCCACCCUGUGUUUGCUCCCAUAGCUCUUCUUGGCCGUGAGCCUCGUUUUAACCAGAAUAUAUCCCUUCACCUCUUCCAGAGACUGGGAGUUGAGGAGCUUCCCACUCUCCUGCAAGGUUCAAGAGAGCUGGACAUGCAUGGAGGUCCUGCACAGCUGGAACAGCUGUACACAGGGAAGUUGGGUACAUGGACAUUCCCAGCUGGGGCAGAACUUUUCCCUUUCCUUGCAUGUAGCACCUGUGUAGUUGUGAAGUGGUUUAAAUAUGUGGUACUUUAAAGAGAACACACCUCCAGUUAAAACAUCUAAUGGUUGACAGCCACCCAUCAGCUCCUUUAUAAACUCACCCAGGCUAAGUCAGGAAUAAGGUUCUGGCGCACUGUAAGAGCAAUGAACAGGAAUGGCACAAGGACACAAGAAAAUGUCUCCCUGCUGAUGAUUUCAGCAAGUUUAUUAUUGUGUAAGGAACUGGAGGGUACUGAGACCUGCCAGGCUGCUGCAUGAAGGUUACAAGCUUAGAAGCCUGAAUUGGUCAGUUUGAACUCUCCCCUAAUGCAGUUGGUCUGCAGAGGUGAUGCUGAUGCCAUUGUGGUAAUUUCUGCAGCUCUGAAUUUUCCUGCUCUGCUACUGCUUGGUGUGCGUCUCUGUGACAGGUGCUCUUUCUUCUCUUCACUCUCCCACACAGUGGUUAAUAAAUCCACACUCUGGACCUUA